AUGAACGCCGCGCUCGCGUGCUUCGAGGGACCGGGGAAAGCGGACGAGGACGUCGCGAUUCGUUGGCGCGGCGAGCUCGACGACGACGCGGCGGGCGAGACGCGCACGCGGUCGAUCACCCGGGGCGAGCUCAGAGCCCGCGCGGACGCGGCCGCCAACGCGCUGUCCAUAAGAGGCUGGGGCGAGGACGCGCGCGUCGCCAUCAUCCUCCCGUUCACGGCAGAGUGCGUCGCGAUAUACCUCGGCGUCGUGCUCGCCGGCGCCGCCGCGGUGUGCGUCGCGGACUCGUUCUCGAGCGAGGAGAUUAAAACCAGGCUCGAGAUUGGCCGCGCGGACGUGGUCAUCACCAUGGACGUGGUCGCGCGCGCGGGGAGCGCUCUGCCACUGUACGCGAAGGUGGCGUCGGCCGCGGGGAGGGACGUCCCGACGUACUGCGACUUUCUGCGCGUCGCGUAUGCCCAGGGGAUGGUCACGGGGAUGGAGUUUCAACCGGUCGUGAUGCCGUCGUCGAAACCGACCGCGGUAUUGUUCAGCAGCGGCACGACGGGAGCGCCGAAGGCGAUUCCGUGGGACCACUCGGCGCCGCUGCACGGCGUAUCCGACGGUCGGUUGCACAUGGACAUCAAGCACGGCGACGUCGUGAGUUGGCCGACGAACUUGGGGUGGAUGAUGGGGAGCUGGCUGAUCUACCAGCUCGCGAACGGCGCGUGCCUGGGCGUGUACGAGGGCGCGCCGACGACGAGAGGGUUUUGCGAUUUCGUCUCCGACGCGAACGUCACGCACCUCGGCCUCGUGCCGUCGAUCGUGUCCUCCUGGAGGAAGAGCGGCGCGUUCGACGCGAAUCGUCACGACUGGUCCGCGCACCUUCGCGCGUUCGCGCUCACCGGCGAGGCGAGCUCGCCGACCGACGUCCUGUGGCUCGCGUCCAGGGUGAGAGGCUACGUCGCCCCCGUGCUGGAAUAUUGCGGCGGCACCGAGCUCGCGUCCGGGUACGCGUUGAGCGCCGUCGUGCUCCCGAACGCGCCGUCGUGCUUCUCGUCCGCGUCGUUGGGAGGGUCGUUCGCGCUCUUGAACGACGAGGGCGAGGAAACGAACGACGAAGAGGACGUCAACGUGAUAGGCGAAGUCGCGGUCAGGACGCCGUUCAUAGGGUCUUCGACCUCGCUUCUGAACGGCGAUAACCGCGCGACGUACUACGACGGGAUGCCGAGGUCGGUCGUGAAUGGCGCGCCGCUGCGACGCCACGGCGACCGGUUCGAGCGAUUACGCGGAGGGUUCUACCGCGCGCACGGAAGGACGGACGACACGUUCAACCUCGGCGGGAUCAAGACCUCGUCCGUGGAGAUUGAGCGCGCGUGCGACCGAGCCGCGGCGGCGGCGAACGCGGGCGCGGAAACCGCCGCCGUCGCGGUGCCGCCCAUCGGCGGCGGGCCGGACCGGCUGUGGAUCGUUCUCGUCCCCCUCUUUGAGGGCGAGGAAGAGAAGACAAAGGACGCCGCCCGCGAAGAGGCGUUGGUGAAACUGUUCAACGACGCGAUCAAGCGCGCGUUGAACCCGCUGUUCAAGGUGCACAGGGUGCUUCUCGAGCCCGGCGGGUUGCCGCGGAACGCGUCGAAUAAGAUCCUCCGGCGGACGCUGCGCGCGAAGUGCGCGGACGUCCAGGCGCGGGAUGCGAAGACGACGCCGCGGGCGAAGCUAUAG